GCACUACCCCCGCUAUGGAUGUACCCGCGCCCCAUAUAUUUCACAAUGACGUUGUUCCUUAGAAGGGAUUGUGGUAAAGCUCUGGGUAUCAGAACUCAAUACAAGGCUAACUGUAAGGUUGUAGGCAGAUGCUCUCAUUUCCAGAUAACCAGGUAUUCAGAUCAACAUGACUAGUUGGUAAAUUGAAAUGAAGACGCGAAGAAUGGCCAGCUACCUAGUUAUAUAAUUCCUUAAACAUCCUCUACCUAGGACAAGCUUCAUUGACGGGGCAUACACAGCGAUAAGAGAUAAGCGGCCUUUGUUCCAAGCAGUGGAGGCUUACUCGCCUAGGUACUAAUCGACUGGCCGGGAUAUUUGUUUAGCUUCCCCCUCCACCGUGGCAUGCUAUACCUGUAAUAUGUCGGUAUCAGCCGUCUUUAAGGGAAACUCAACGAUCCGAUACUCCCUGAGAGAUAUCGUUCCUGAGAACAGGUGCACCUUCUACUGAGAUCGGCUGCGGGGGAGCCCUUCGAGCUACACUUUGCAACUCCACUUCCAACAUGACCGGCAGCAAUGGGACAAGGCGAUGGCAGUACCUAGACCAUAUACGAAGGAACCCUGGCCCCUUCAACCAAGAUUCAGACGUUAGCGAAGCCGCUCUAGAAGGGCUGGGCCAGGCCAAGAUACUGGUCAUAGGGGCUGGCGGAUUGGGUUGUGAAAUUCUCAAGAACCUGGCGCUUUCGGGCUUCAGGAAUAUACAUGUUAUUGAUAUGGACACCAUUGACAUAUCCAACCUCAACCGACAGUUUCUCUUUCGCCAAGACGAUGUAGGAAAAUUUAAGGCUGAAGUUGCUGCGGCCUUCGUCGAGAGAAGAGUCAAGGGCGUCAGAAUUACACCCCAUAAUUGUCGUAUACAAGACUUCGAUGAAAGUUUUUAUAUGCAAUUUCAAAUCGUCGUUUGUGGACUAGAUAGCAUAGAGGCAAGACGCUGGAUCAAUGCGAUGCUCGUGAACAUGGUCGAUAUGGACAAUCAGGACUCACUGAAGCCAUUAAUAGACGGCGGGACCGAAGGUUUCAAGGGCCAAACUCGUGUCAUCUUUCCAACGUUGACGCCAUGUAUUGAGUGUCAGUUGGACCUCUACACCCCGAGAGCGGCAGUCCCUCUCUGCACAUUAGCCACAAUCCCUCGCCAGCCAGAGCACUGCAUAGAGUGGGCCCACAUCAUCGCGUGGGAUCAAGAAAAACCAUUCCCUACUCUAGACAAGGAUGAUCCAGAACACAUUACCUGGUUGUAUCAAAAGGCAUCAACACGAGCCUCCGAGUUUGGUAUUACCGGUGUGACAUAUUCCCUUACGCAGGGUGUCGUGAAAAACAUCAUUCCGGCCAUCGCCUCUACAAACGCUAUCAUCGCCGCCAGCUGCUGUAAUGAAGCUUUGAAAAUCGCUACUACUGCGGCCCCCGCAUUAGGCUUUGAAGAGAGUUAUAUGAUGUACUCGGGAGAUGACAGCAUCUACACAUCAACCUUCAAGUACGACAAGAAACCAGACUGUGCUGUUUGUGGCGAAGUUGCAAAGCCUCUACGCGUUGAUCCCAACAUCACGCUCAGGGAGCUUCUAGACUCGUUUGCGAUAAAGCCAGAUUUGCAGCUUAAGAAGCCCUCAAUACGAGCAGAUGACAAAACUCUUUACAUGCAAUUUCCUCCUAGCAUUGAGGAACAGACACGGGUAAACCUAGACAAGAGGCUGAAAACGGAUUUGGGUUUGGAUAUUGGGCACGAAGUCGUAGUGACAGAUCCUGCAUUCCCUGGUCUCAUGUUCAGGUUUAUCCUAAACUUCAUAUAAUCUUCAUAGUCAUAUAAGACCACGAGACCGUCUGCUGUCUCAAUACUACUCUUGUCAGGGUACCUUUGGUCAUCUCUUUGAAGUUAAGCUGAUUCUAUUACAUAGACUCAUAGUUCGGUCAUUGAAUGAGAGGCUUACUUUGUCAUUUACCACUGUCUGCUCUCUUUGAAUCCCCUAUACUUUGCCUCCCGAACAACUGCUAAGUUGAAAUACAUGGGAAAUUUUACAGGUGGGUUGGGGCCAUUCACCAACCUGUGUCUAGUCAGCCUUGAAGUAUUAUAGCCAGAACAAAGACUGAUUACCUACCUAGGAGGUAGCAUGUAUGAGCUAUUCAACUUAUAAUCCCGCGAGUAAACUCAUUGAGGUGAAGCAUGAAAAAUAGCACAGUUGCUCAACAACUAGAGAUACCAAGAGGUAGCCUGAAGCUGCAU